AUGGGGCAAACACAAAGUUAUACUAGCAACCGUCCUUUAAAAGAUAUUAACACCGUUGGAGGUAGUAGUGGGGGAGGAGGAGGAGGAAUUAAAAAAGGAAUAUCUACUACUGGUCAACAAAAGAAACAAUCAAUUUCUUCUGUUCCAAUUAAUUUUCGUCAACGAAAUAAAGUACCUGAACAACGUCAAAAAACUCCAAGUAGUCGUAACUUCCACCCUUCACAAAAAAGGCAAACAGAGCAAAAACGGCAAAGUAGAAGUCAAAGUCUUGACCCAAAGGCAGUUAAUCAAAUAAAAACUGUUUUUGGAUCAGCUCGUUGUUCUCCAAGAACAACUACAAAUUCAAAAAAGAGUAUUUCAAACCGUGAAAAGGAACUUUGGAAUCCAGAAAAGGCAGCAGCUCAAUUAAUUGGUUUACAACUACAAAAUCCCCACACUGCACAACAAAAUUUGCUUUGUUUAGUUGGAGGGAAAUUAAAACAAACAAAUACAAAUUUAAAUAAUAAUAUUGGACAAUCACCUCGUCCUUUUCGAAAACAAAGUGGACAAUUUUGUAGUUUUGAUUUGGAUUUUAGAAUUUAUGAAAAACAGUUGGAGAUACUUGGGGUUAUGGAGCGAGAUAUAAGUCCCAGAAGGAGAUAUGUACUCUCUCCAAAUUUAUAUUUAUGUAAAAUGGAAGUUUUCGUCCAUCAAGAGAGGGAGAGUUUCUUUUAA